UCAAUCCUUUGCCAAGAGGGGAUGACGCGUCGCAACCAUGCGGCUUAUCAACACCCACACGUUCCAGCUCAAAGAGUUUCUGGACGAUGCAAUCCCACCAUAUGCGAUCCUCUCCCACACGUGGGAAGACACGGAACUUGUGUACAAAGACAUGCUUGGUGGGCCAGAAGUCCAUGACUCCCCGGCAUUCGCCAAGAUCAGAGGUUGCUGCAACAUCGCCCGGGAGUUCAGGCUCGACUGGGCCUGGAUAGAUACCAUAUGCAUCGACAAGUCGAGCAGUGCCGAGCUGUCCGAGGCAAUAAACUCCAUGUUUGCAUGGUACCAAGCAUCACAAGUCUGCCUCGCCUAUCUCUCAGACGUGCAAUGGAACAACUUCUGGCAGGGCCAGUACAAGAAGGACGCCCUCAGACUGCUGGGGCGCAGUCGGUGGUUCACCAGAGGUUGGACGCUCCAGGAGAUUCUGGCACCCAGCGAGGUUGUGUUUCUUGACCGCACUUGGACCAGGUUUGGCACGAAGGAAGGGUUCGCGGAUAUCCUAGAAAGCAUCACGUCAAUUCGCCGUGUUUUUCUCGUCUUCCCACAGCGACUCAGUGACGCAAGCGUGGCCGAAAGGCUCUCCUGGGCUUCGAACCGUCAGACGUCGAGAAAGGAAGACAUGGCUUAUUGCCUGCUGGGCCUGCUUGGCAUCAACAUGCCCCUCUUGUACGGAGAAGGCCACCGGGCCUUUCAUCGUCUACAGCAAGAGCUCAUCCGAAACGUCUACGACCAUACCAUACUCGCCUGGGGCUUGUACGCAAGCCCGUUUGCGCAGCUCAAGUACAUUGUUGGCAGCACCCGUGAAGCGCCACCUCUGCUUGCUCCCAUUCCGAGUGCCUUCGACAACUGGAGCUCAGCCAAUAGGACUCUUGGCGAAGGGAAGCAUUACGUGUUGACAAACCUGGGCUUGUAUAUCGAGCUGCUCGUUGUCCCAUUCCACACCCCAGACGAGCUGGACAGGUCAAAGCCGGACAAGAGGGCCGUUGCUCCAGCUCUAGGACUGGCACUUCUCGAUUGCUAUGAAUGGUCUCCCCGCGGCAAAUAUCGCGUGGCACUGCCGCUACAGCUUCAAGACCGCAGCAACUCCCACGUAGCUCCUCUGGCGAGACGCGCCCGGGCAGCAAGACCGUUCCUCGUGCCGGAGCAUGUCGAGCAGCUGGGCAGGCGCCUGUCAAUGUACCUGCAGGACGGCAUCCGGGCGAAAAACGUCCAGACCAAUGCAAUGUGGUUCAUCAACUGCCAGGCAUUGUUUGCCGAGGGCUACUACCUCGCCGACUACUUCCCACCAACCCAGGUGGAUGUCAUACAGCAGCAAGGCGCGAGAAGCACAACUCUGUGUCUUUACAGUGAGCCCGGCGUGGAGUACUCCUUGAUACGGUUGCAGCACAAGGAGUACGCGACGGUACUUUUACUCAUCGAGCACCCGAAAGCGGCUCCAGAAGCAAGGUCGGCGUCAUCUACCACUCUACGGCUCAACGAGAAGUCGUCGGGCGCGACUCAAAAGAGUGGUCACGACAAGACGAACACGAAACCCGACAAGGGACCCGAACAAAGUGCCAUGGGACAGCUCUGGAUCACCAGCACGGACAACCUCAAGACGGCGUUUGAGAUGGUCCUGCAGCCGUCCUACGCAGCAAUCUCCUUUGACUACAUCAUCAAGGAGUUCCAGUGGACACCCCUAGGCAACAUUGCCAGCAGCUUGACCAGAGGCACCUCUGGCGCGUCGUCCUUGUCAUCCUCGGCGCAGGCAUCAACCUGGACGAACCCGGCCACGGCCUCGUUCCGCCACAGCGCAAGCUCGUCCCUCUCCUCCACACCUUAUCCCGCGCUCGCUGGGGUUGUGGGCGACUCGCACCAGACCAAAGUCAUUGAUUCCUGGGUUCUCGACAAGAUUGGGGCUUUGCAGGUCGUCGAUCCGGUCUUGUUUCCAGAUGAUGAGGACGUGGGCGAGGACGACGAUGGGACGGAAAAUUCUGGGCCGCCCCGGGGAACAGACAGGAGUGUCUAUGCUGACGACAAGAAAGACAGGCAGAGGGCUGAGAGACGGGACCUGGUGAUUGAGCUGGCAAUGCGGGUGCAAGAGACUAGCUGGCAUUACUCGGCUAGGCAUCCUUCAUAGUUUGUAGCCCCCAUUCUUCGAUAGGUUUCCGUGGCCUUGCAAGGAGGCUCUCAAGACGUCUGCCGUCGCCUUGACAAUGGAUUCUAGGCCAAAAAACAUCUUCGGGAACCCUUGUAACCACAGGG